AUGGAUCGGGAAGCUCGCGAGAGAAUUCGACAGAGGGCUUUGAUCGCCACGAGAAACCAGUGUAUUGACUGGGAGCAGCAACGAAUAGAGCGAUGCCAGGCACUAGAUCGAUAUUUCGUUUACGGCUUUGAGCUAGACUUUGAUAUUUCACAUGUUCUUGUCGAUAGAACUUAUGAUGAAGCCUUGGAAGAGGUGAGACUCAGACUUUGUGUCAAAAACAUUCCGACACCAACCAAACAACACCUUGCAGACUUCUGGGAAGGAAUGAUUCCUGCAAGAGUUUCCAGCCAAACUUGCGACGAGACAGCAUCGAAGUACUGGAUAGUCACUCGUGGACCGACUCUGUCAUCGCUUACAAUCACUUCACCACUUCUUAGAUUUGAAGAUGGACAGCGCACUUCCAACAAGGCUUUCAAAAGUAUUUGCAAAGUACUCAAACGUAUGUUGCCAGAUGAUCAUGAUCCAGUCGCCUUCAAUAAUUCUCUUCCUUGGCCUGGCUUCAGAGUGUUCACUGGAACUGGAAAUUACCCGAUGAAGCCCAAGCACAUGGCUAAACUACUUGGAUUGCUAUGGGUUUAUGAGAAACCGCUAGACACCAUCUACCAAAAUAUCAGCAAGACGCAAUGGCUGUCAAACACCGGAGACCCAGAGCAUAACUUCAUCAUGUCUAAUGGGCGGCUAGUCGGAACACCUGCACAAUUCUACGAAAUGGUUCUCCAUUGUGUCUCUUUACCAGAAGCAAUCAGUCUGUUCAAUUCAAACUUGGCAGAUGGUCCUAUUAUCCGUACAUACUCUGCCAUGCAAUCCGGAAGUCAUGCAAGAUUGGCUAGUGACCUGCAUGGCAUGCUUCAGUGGGCGGCUCUAGUCUCAGAUCGUGACUGGAUCAGAACCGUGCGCGUGCAAAUAAAUCGAGAUCAGCCAAGUUUAGAGAAUGGUAAGGCUCUCGUAGCCCUUUUCUGUCACUGGGGUAUGCCUGGGCUGGCUCGUAAUUAUGUCUGGCGAGACGAGAAUUUUGGGAGGAGAUGGAGUCGUUAUCACGGCCAUAUCCUCAUAAACCAAGGUGCCGAAAGCACCAAACGAGAAAUGUUUAGCAUCAUCAGGCUAUCAGAUAUUGGUUCACAAACGACUCGGAGGUCCCACAGAAAGUCUAGAACUGGUUGCACUAUAUGUAAAGAGCGUCGAAUGAAGUGCGAUGAAGUUCGACCUGUGUGUAGUAAUUGCUCCAGGAAAUUUACGGACCCCGAGCCUUGCGAUUAUAGGAGCACAUUACAGCGAGAUGUGACUGUUUUACGACCUAUCGUACCAAGAAUAUCUGUAAACGAUAAUGAUGAUGCAGGAGUUAGUAUUGUGGCAUCGCGCGAAAGUGCGCUGACAAAUGUACCAAUAUCGCCAAUCAUCGAUGCGGGAUCACUUGAUCCAUUUCAAACUUAUCCAAACGGUCGCGUGUCUGGUCUCGAUGAUCUGAUGAAGCAUUAUCUUAGCUUAACAGUCUACAAAUCAUUCCCUUGGCAGCCAGCUUCAACAACGAAUCCAACCUGUGCAUAUUAUAUCCCAUUAGUGCUAAACGAUGUUGUUCUCUUUCAUGCCACCCUUCAACUUGCAACUUUCAGGCUAGAAGCACACUCUAUGCAACGAUCGAAUGUGGUUCACUUGAGAGCGGAGUGUGUUCGGCUUCUCCGCGACCGAAUCGAAAACGCACAUCAUGAUGCCCUAUCUGACGAGACACUGGGUGCCGUUGCUACGAUGGCUGCAGUUGAGCACGAAAGAGGAAAUGUGGAAAUGCUCAAAAUGCACAUGGACGGAUUAAAGACAAUGAUCGAUUUACGGGGAGGUCUACAAGCUAUUAGAUUAAGCGGUCCGAUGGUAGCGAACCUGAUCUUUUGGAUGUUCGUCGUAUCUAUGUACGAGAGCGAAUACCCUCCAUUGGACCCAGAAUUACCAUUAUAUCUUGGUUCCAUCUCACAAUUUGAGGAUAUCGCCCCUCUACACGAUCAGUCAAUCGAUCUAACCGCCAUGGGCCUCGGAGAACCCGUAGCUUCGGUAUUGAUCUCCAUUCAGCAUGUCUCCCAACUCGUUCCCUCCAGUACAGCGUAUCCAACAGCAGCGACCUCACUCACAAUACUAAGUCGAACGUGCGCCUUACUAUCACAUCUCCUAAGCAUACCUCCACAAGCAUCAUUCAUCUCUGAAGCAGCAAGAUUUGCAACACUUCUUCAUGUCUUCGCGCCAUGGAGAGGUCUACCGCCCGAUGGCACGCUGGCGAUCAAUCGUCUUUUACACUCCCUCAUAUCGACUUUGAGAAAGAUCGUUGCUGAGAAUACACCUUGCAACACACUUCUCCUCUGGAUCUUCGCGGUAGGUGGAGUUACUGCUGAUGGUUUACCUGAACGAGUGUGGUUUGUAUCGCAUUUAGUCAGAAAUGUGGAAAAUCUGGAGCUUAAAACGUGGGAGGAGGCGAAAGACCAUAUUCGACGCGUAAUUUGGCAUGAGGCACUUUGUGAGCGGACGCAUUAUAAGUUAUGGCAGGAGGUAGAAUUGAGGAGGGAUGAGUUGUUGGAACUGGAAGGUUAA